AUGAACCAAGAAGAGAUGACACGCAACAUUUAUUAUUCAGAUAAAUAUUACGACGAUGAGUAUGAAUACCGGCAUGUCGUUCUUCCUAAGGAAAUGGCUAAAUUGGUACCGAAAACACAUUUGAUGUCUGAGGAUGAAUGGCGACGCAUUGGUGUUCAGCAAAGCAUAGGUUGGGUGCACUAUAUGACACAUGCUCCAGAGCCCCAUAUUCUGCUGUUCAGAAGGAUCAUCACAACUCCACCCUCAAAAGAAUAG